CCAGGAAAGGAUGCCAAUAGCUAAUUCGCCAUUCCAUCCAUCCGCCAGGCCGCCACCACCGGCCCCUUCCCCUCAGGCGAUCGUCUCUCCUCUUCCCAGCCAGCCGACGCAAAAUCCAGCAACGCUGCCGGACGGCGGACAGCACCGCGCGUGCUAGCGGCUGAGAAAGGUCGCCAGGAGCUGUCGGAGUUUUGGUCUGUAUAGAGGCAUGGCUUCUUCUGUAUUCAAGGCAAUGGCUGAGAAGGCAGGACCGGCCGUUCGUAAGCAGGCCCUGACCCUGACCGAUGCGGCGGCAUCUAAAGUACACCACCUGCUUGGCCUCCGACAACGUUCUUAUCUUCGCUUAGGUGUGAAGGCACGUGGUUGCAAUGGGUUAUCCUACACGUUGAAUUAUGCUGAUGAAAAGGGGAAAUUUGACGAGCUUGUGGAAGAUAAAGGAGUUAAGAUACUAAUUGAGCCAAAAGCUCUUAUGCAUGUCAUUGGAACCAAAAUGGAUUUUAUCGAUGAUCCUCUUAGAUCCGAGUUUGUGUUCAUGAAUCCCAACUCUAAGGGAGAAUGCGGUUGUGGCGAAUCCUUUAUGACAACAACCAACAAAGGCUCUGCAUAAUCCAACAAUUUGUGAUGGCAACUCAUUGAUUUGCGCCUGAGUGAUAGGUGAUACAAUUGCAUUGUUCAGUACUCAAGACCGCUAUGUUUGUUACCUUUAAACCUUAGCCAUGGAACCUCUGCAGUAAGGAAUGGCUUCGCUUAUCUCUCAUGUUGCGCUGUGUCUGGCUGACCUUAUGGUGAGGGUGUAGAACAUUGGCACUCUAGUCGCUUGCUGAGAUGUUGGGGUGAUGUUUUGGUUUAAUGCACAUAAGUAGUGAGCAAUUAGCAUAUUUUUCUAUAUUAUAAAGGGUGUGGGCAUUGUGAUAUGUUACGUCUUAACUACACCAUUUGUACCUGACUCCUGUUGUAACAAAAAAA